AUGCUGGUUAACAGCAUAGCUAGGGUGGAGGAAGAAGCAGAAGAAGAAGAGCCGUCUGGAGAUAGUGCGCUUGUCUACGAGAUCCGCAACGGUUUCAAACCUAACUAUUCGCAGUUUCGUGAGUUCGAGACGCUUCCUUCCGAGCUUCCACGGCUGGGUAGCUAUGCUGAGUACAUUUACAUCAUCAACCUCGACCAUCAAGUUCUUACCAUGAACCACACCAUACACUGGAAGCUGGGAAAUGUUCCGCGCCAGGACGAGCUAUGGUUUCGCGCCAUCGCAGAUAGCAUCUAUCAGGACAACUUCACCAUCUCCCUCGAUGUUUGCCCGGAAGAGCAUAUGGCCUCGCUCGCUUUGGAGCUUCCGAAGCCGGAAUGGAAGAUCAAAUAUGACUUCCGCGUCGUAGCCCCGAGGACAAACAUCGCGGAGGCGCGAAAGGCGUUUCUUACAAGGCUUCUGGCGAGUACUCUUAUUCAAUAUAAGAAUGAGAUCAUUAGAUUUGGGAGGGAGUGGAGUCCAGACUCGUUUCCCUUUUGCGAGUUGGCUUUUGCUCUUGUCUCAAUUGCCUCUGGCCAGGCCAAAUUCCAUUCUUUUCCUGCUCAGCAGUGUAAUCCUCGAACUUGUGGAGCGUCGGACUGCAAGUUGAAGCACUUGCGCAAGUCACCUGGAUGGCUUGACGAAGAGUGGGCUGGUGAUAGCGCUCCGUUGCUGGAGUUUGGCUCCCUGUCCCAUCUACCGGGCGAGCCUCCAGGGGCGUCGCCCGCGGAGAUGAUAUACUGGCUCGAGGACGUACUUGUCAGUCUUACACUGGUGAUUGACGGUAAAGCCAUCACGGAGGCUGUUAACUGGGGGAUCGGGCAGGGACGCACCAACUUUCAGAUCGUCGUGCUAUCGCUCUUUAAAGCGGCUUUUGCGGAGGUCUUUCUCGAUGACGACGGGAAACUAUUCGUCGAAGUCACCCGCGCCCUAAAACCUGGGAUGAAGUUCCAGCACCAGCGCGGGACAAUCCAAAGACUACGGAGCCAGUUCCCCGGCCUCGCGGCGCUCGUCAACUUCUUUGAAGUUGCUGCGAACCGCCGCGCAGCGUCGAAAUCGGCAGGCAUUCUGCCGCCAGAACUAUACGGCCAGGUUCUGGACUUUGUGGACUACGAUACGUGGAAGACCUGUCUGCUUGUAUCUACAGUGGUUCAUUCAUGUUGCCUCAGCAAGUACAGACUUGAUGAUCGGAUAAGCAUUGUGGCAGGGCCUUUCGUGAGGCUGGGUCAAUAUCACCACAAGGAGCGACUGAUGUCCUUCGACUUCCAAAACAUGCAAACGGGCAAGAUCUUUCCGAUGGUGCAGGUUCCGCAUGACAUUUGGACGGAAGAGUGUAACUGGAUGCCAGUCAUUGGUGGCGACAGACAAGCGCUCAUGUUGGAUGUGGUCAUCCAGUUUGAGCAGGCGGAGGAUGUGCCGGUGGAAGCCGGCAGCGAUGAUGAAUCACCGGCCAUCUUGGGGAAGAAUGGCUCUUAA